CGCGUCUCGCUUCGAAACACCCAUCAACCAAUCCCACGAGUGCUAUUCUGGUUCCAGGGCCCCGCCACCACGGGUGCUAUGCUGGUUCCAGGGCCCCGCCACCACGGGUGCUAUGCUGGUUCCAGGGCCCUCACCGCUCCGCUCCACUAUGCUGGUUCCGGAAACCCACUACCAGUGCCGUCGUGGCCCUCUACGACAGGAGCAGCAGCAGGAAUCCCCCAUACUGCCACCUCUUCCUUGGGACGGACGACGACGAGGUGGUAGAGGAGGUGGUGGUGGUGAAGAGCCCCCUUUUCCGCCCAUGGAGUCAUUCAUUAAGCGAGAAGAAGACGACGACGACGACGGAGAGGCUGGCAGUAGGAUCUGGCUGGCAGUGAAAGUGGAGACGCAGGGGGAGGAGAGCGGCGGCGACGACCACGGGGCGGACGUGCGUGCCGGAGAGGAGGAUGGCCGAGAACUUCAGGUCAAACGAGAGACGCGGGAGGUCGAAGGAAGGGACCUGCACAUUGUGGAGGUCGACCCUCAAGAUCCGCUGGCUGGCGACGGUUCAUCUGUGAGACCUGGAGAGUCGCGGGGGGAUUGUUUGGGAUCGUCAGGCGUGGCGGAGAUCGAAGUGGAGGUGGGCGACGACGACGAUGGUGACGGGAUGAUCGUGGACGGUGCCCCGGAAACGCUCUCCCAUGCGAAAAAAUCCACCGGGACAACCGCCACUGCCACCGCGACAACGACGACCCGCACCGGAGAGAAAUCGCACGGCUGCUCGGUGUGCGGCAAGAGCUUCGUCCGCCCGUCGGACCUCAGGAACCACGCGAUGAGCCACGCGGGAGAGAAGCCGCACAAGUGCUGCGUGUGCCAGAGGGCAUUUGUCGCCGUGUCAAACCUCAAGAACCACAUGAGGGUCCACUCGGCCGACUGCCCGCACGAGUGCCCGGUGUGCGGGAAGGGGUUUGCCAAGGAGACGCAGCUGAGGAACCACGAGAUGAUCCACACGGGCGAGUGGCCCCACAUGUGCACCGUGUGCGGGAAGGGCUUCGGGCGCCCGUUCGCGCUGAAGGUCCACGCGAUGAUCCACACGGGCGAGAGGCCCCACGUGUGCACCGUGUGCGGGAAGGGCUUCGGCCGCCUGUCCCACCUUAAGGACCACGCGGCCUCGCACACCGGUGAGAAGGCGCACCGGUGCCUGGUGUGCGGCAAGGGCUUCAGUCGCCCGUCGGCCAUCAGGGGCCACAUGGCGAUGCACACAGGCGAGAGCCCGCACCGGUGCCCCGUGUGCGGCAAGGGGUUCAAUGAGUCGACGCAGCUCAGGAGGCACGUGAAGAGCCACACGGGGGAGUGGAGCCACCGCUGCUCCGUGUGCCAGAGAGGGUUCUUCCGCCCGUCGGAACUGAAGACUCACAUGAUGAACCACACGGGGGAGAGGCCGCACAAGUGCUCGGCGUGCGGUAAGGCCUUCAAGCCGUACGCAGUCCUGAGGAUCCACGUGAUGAGCCACACGGGGGCGAGGCCGCACAAGUGCUCGGUGUGCGAGAAGGAUUUCGUGCAUCGCGCAGACCUCAAGACCCACAUGCUGACACACACGGGAGAGAGGCCGCACAAGUGCUCGAUGUGUGGCAAGGACUUCGUCUACACCGCAUCCCUGAGAAGCCACAUGAAGACGCACACGGGAGAGAAGCCGCACAAGUGCCCUGUGUGCGAGAGGGACUUCAGGCAAUCAUCGACCCUGAAGAAUCACAUGAAGACACACGUGGGAAAGGGAGCGUGCGUGAUCGGUGAGCGGGAGUAGUUUUGAUUUGUCAAGCCCUUUGUGAGUGGUGCACAUGGGGACCACACAGUGGAGAUUGGCAGACAUGCGGGGGAGCAGUUAGUCAGUGAGGAAUAUAUCGGAAGGGUAAAGACGCUACCAAGAAAUCUUCAACGGCUCGAAAUUAAUUGCAAAUGACUAACCAGUUAGCUGCACCACUAGUCACUUAUAGCUCUGGGUUAAUCGAUUGGCUGUGGAGAUAUCUACACCGCUUGGAUAUGAGGAUCAAGAAGCCUCCUAUCUACACAGCAGGUUGUUUUCAAUUGGUGUCAGAGGCUGUGCGUGCUCCAUGCUGUGGGAUGGUAAGGGCUCAUAGUACCAAUUAUAUCUCAGAAUCCGAAUAUUUAUUUACACGGCAGGAGGAAUCCGAUAAGCUAUAAAGCUCUCUUCACAGAUGUCCAGUAGGGGCACGAGGGUCAUACCGUUACAACAACAAUACACAGUACACACAAACACGAUAGGAGAACACAGUACAAGACAGGUAAAGAAAUCACCCAAACACAUACAAAUUAAAUGAAACCAUCCCCAUCCUACCAGGCAAAGCCCACUGUUAUUUACUAAUUGCUCAGAAGCGACCUGGCUAAUACAAAUGAUAUCUAAACAAAGUGACGUCAUCUGCAAAAAGCAACGACUCCGCCUCCAUGCCCCCCCGUACUGGAUACUCUCCCUACCUCGGCUGCACCUUGAUAUCCUCCCCAUGAAAAUCACAAACAGGAGUGGAGACAAGACGCACCCUUGGCAUAACUUUGCCGCGGUUAUUUGUGAGCCUGUAAAUCCAAUGGAGGUGAGAACUCCAUUAUUCCCAAGAUGCCACCUUCCUCUUUCCCCCACUGGGAAUAUAUAAAAAUUGAUGCUCGGUUUUGGUAAGCUCCAUGACCUGCUCUCGAAAAGGACAACAAUAUGCAACUUUGUCAGAUGCGGCUUCAGCCAAGGAGCUACAGGAGAGCUCGAACCUGACGGUCACAUCAAUUACGAGUGUGUGGUCACCUCUGGCAAAAAACAGAUCAAGUUUCCCAUAGAUCACCUUUAUCAGUUCUCAAAUAGGGCUCCUUAUAGAUCGACCAACCCAUUUCCACCGCUUCUACUGCCAAGGUGUCACAUUUUAUUGCGGAGUGCAUUCCUGGCUUUCUGGACCGCUGGACACUGUCCAAGUAUGUGUGAAAGGGAUUCAAGUUGCGGCGAGCAUUUCCUACAGGACCACAGUGCUCCUUCCUUGCCUCUCUUCAGGCUGUCUCUUAUUGGGUAUAUAUUACUCCGCAGUUCUAAUGCAGCGAUGUAGUGGCACUCUGAAGCCACGCAUUACUGACUUUAUCCUCUGCAAAGUUCACAGUACCUAUACCUUCAACUGGUCUUUCACACCAUCUUCAAAGCUUCACGCUGCCUCCAGUCGCAUGGUAUCGACAAAAUGGGUUUUUUUGGUGCCUUGAAAUUCCACCCCUCUUAGCUCAUAUUGGGAUAUGGCAUUUGUGUCUCCUCCUGGCCCAUACCCACGGGUCUGGAAUCCUCACCACCUUGAGUGGACACGAUAUUGCGGGUGACCUCGUCCGAGGAUUUUUUUACACCUCAAAUUAACCGAUGGGAUCAUUCUCUCUAGUUUAAUAAUGCCUAGACCUCCGUCUCAGGUCCGAGAGUCCAAAACCCCAUCACAGGUGGAGGCAGAAAGGUGUAACAGUCGGUUUACCCCAUUUAUAAUCUCCUGAUCUAGCGUGAGGAGAGUAGAGGAUUUCUAAUAUCAAUGAUCGAUCUGCUGGGUAGAUGAAUCGGGGGGGUACAGGCAUACCCCGUUUAGCACGGGAGAUGUGUUCCUGGAAAGCGCUUGGUGAAUGGGCGCUAGAAACGGGGUCAUAGCAUAGGCCCUAUGGAGAUGUGUUUCUGACAUUGUAAUUUAUCACCUACGACCAAUGCUCUUGAUUUGAAGCUUUCGUGACUGCAGGAAUCCAUACUCAUUGGUUCUUUCGGUAAAGUCACGUAGUUAGAAAUAAAUUAAAAUAAAACAAAUCGCGAGGUUUUGA